AUGGGACGUCAAUACAACGCGCUGCAGUGCUAUCUAACUGCAACAAUUAGCGCACUCUUCUUAUUACUCACAUUUUGCGAUUCGACAGCCUAUGCAUAUACCGAUACCCCUAAUGACCUCAAUACCGAAUACAAUCUGAACCCUCAAGGAGCGAUCGUGAGCAACGGGGCUGGACUCCCACUUGCGCUGGACUCGUUCAAUGGACUGGAGAUCCGAGACAGUGUAGACGAAGACGGGGAAUCCAAUGGCCUCGAUUUGGUGCGCCGAUACCCGAAUGCUGCGAAAUCCUUGGGCAACAACCAAUUCGUAGAAGCCACGCUCGAGAUUGGCGAUGUGCAGUGGUUCUACCUGCCCGCGUCGGUGGUGAACGGCAAACACGCCAGCAAGGGCGUAGGGCUUCCCGGAUAUGUGAAUGCCACCGACGAUGAUGAUGCGAAUGAUGAGUUACGGAAACGAGAUGGGCUGGACAAGCGAUCCACCACGGUCUACCUGUCACUUACGACCUGCAGUAAGCCCGCCGCCAAUAAAACCGAUCCCGGGGAUGGGUUCCCGCAGUUGCAGAUGUACGUCUCCAAGUCGGAGACGCUGCAGGAGCCAGGGCCAAGUCAUGAUGACUCCGAUCAAGAUGUAUACACGGCUGCUGGAGGGUAUAUUGGAAUCGAGAAAGACACAGAUAGCGACGUCUUUAUUGGUGUCGCAGCGCCCAACUCGACUGAUUACUCCGGAGGCUACAAACUCCAGCUUGCAGCCUCGAUUGACGCAUAUUUCCACAAUGUCGUCGACGACGACCCUUUCCUGUACUUUGUCGACGCAGAUGUGUCUGCCGCGUUGCUGGUGACCAAUAACCUGACGCAGGCUGCGGCGGGCUCCGAGAAUUAUCAGCAAUGGAUGAACAUUACGCCUCCAUAUACCAUGUUUGCCCAUAAUAUCAAUAACACUGCCUUACUAGGCUUGGAGCGAUCAUUCUGUGCGCUUGAUGCGCUUGCACAGGUCGGACGGAUCAGCAAAACGGUUGAAGUCGGCAUGACCAGCCGUGGACUUGGAAACAAGCCGAAAGAGCAGUUCUACAUCACUGGACUGAAUCAGAGCUCGUCGUACAACGGUAUGCUAGCAAUGGUCGGCAACUCCACCACAUCAGGAAAUGGAAUUGUCGGCGGCGGAGGACAGGUCUGGCAAGCGAUGAACUUCACCACCAAAGCAGACGACAACUGCGCCGUCCUCUUCAACCUAACCUUCUGCUCCGAGGUAGCCUACGCAGUCCCCUCAAACCCCAAACUCAGCGUCGCCAAACUACGCGAAAUCUACGACACCAACGCAGCCAACUACUACCAAAACUUCAACUACAGCCUCCAACAAGUGCAAUGCAAAACCGACCAAGAAAGCCUGUUCUCCCUCGCCGUCGACUGCGACGACUGCGCAACCGCCUACAAGCAAUGGCUCUGCAGCGUGACCAUCCCCCGCUGCGCAGACUUCAGCAACAACGCCUCCUACCUCGCCGUUCGCAACGCCGGCCAGGACUUCAUCAACGGCACGUCCCUGCCCGUAGACAGCCCCUACCGACAACACGUUGCCUCCAACACAUCCCGCAACAAGAUCAUCGACACGGAUAUCAAACCAGGCCCCUACAAGGAGAUCCUGCCGUGCGAGGAUAUCUGCUCUACCCUCGUCAAGGACUGUCCUUCUACCCUGGGCUUCCAGUGUCCCAGUGGUCGCUGGCUGAAUGCCUCUUAUGGCUACCGCAAUUCCCAUGGUGAUAUUACUUGCUCGUACCUUGGUGCGGCUUACCAUUUGAGUCUGGGGGUGAGACUUGGCGCUGGCUGGGCUGGGUUGAUUGGGCUGGUUGUUAUGGGUGUUAUGUAUCUGUCUUAG